GGAAAAGCAGUCAGCCGGACCUGGAGGCGGAUACGACUCCGACGGACCUGUGGUGUGUGUUCUAAAUGGAGAUGCUGGAUGCCCCGUUUCGUCGCCUGUGCUUGGUGCUCUUAGCGUUCGGCUUUCACUUGGGAAGAGCGGCGGAGGUGUCAGUAUGGAGCGUAAACAUCAAUUCGACAAAGUAUGCGGUGUUCCGAAAGACGCUGUAUGCCAACACCACCAUCUUCAUGAGGUUUCUGAACGACACAGGAUCAUGUGACAGAAACCUGGCCUUCAACAUCAGCUGGUACCUGCGCUCAUCCGUUUGCUAUAACGAGGUCUUCAACACACCAGACAGCAACGCCAUGAACAUGUUCGGCAUGGACCACAUGCUGAAAGAUGCCUGGAGUGGCUUCUACAGCCAGGGCUACAUGUACUUCGAGAACACCUCCUCCCUCUUCACCCCGAAGGUCUAUUUCCCAGACUUCAACCCUUAUCAGCCACUGUCCAGUCCAAAGGUGAGUGACCCUUCCAAUCAGACUCUUACUUGGCCUGACAAGCCGGAUGUGGGCGCGGUGGCUAAAGCCUGGGAGGACGGUCCCUACCUGUUCAUAGUGAAGGUGCUGUUCCGUGGAGCCGAGGAGGAAGACGUCGGCGCCGAGCAGCUCAGCUUCGCUUUCACAAUGAAAGUGGAGAUGAAAGGACCACACGACUACUCCUCCCCAGCGGACUGGCCUCUGAUGAUCUUCUUCAUGGUGAUGUGCAUCGUCUACGUCCUGUUCGGGGCGCUCUGGCUCUUCUGGUGCGCUUGCUACUGGAGGGAUCUGCUGCGGAUCCAGUUCUGGAUCGGCGCGGUCAUCAUCCUCGGCAUGCUGGAGAAAGCUGUGUUCUACUCCGAGUACCAGAGCAUCCGCUACAAAGGAGACUACGUUCUAGGUGCGGUGAUUUUCGCCGAGCUUCUCUCUGCGCUCAAAAGAUCCCUGGCUCGAAUCCUGGUUCUCAUAGUCAGUCUUGGUUAUGGCAUAGUUAAACCACGGCUGGGUACGACAGUGCAUCGGCUGGCCGCCGUCGGCCUUCUCUACCUCCUCUUCUCCUCCGUGGACGGCGUGCUGAGAGUGACAGGCGGUUUCUAUGGAACUGUCGCUCUGGUGGCUAAUCUGAGCCUCUCUCUCAUUGACUCGUGUGUCAUGUGGUGGAUUUUCAUCAGCUUGUCACAAACCACGCGUCUCCUGAAGCUCCGCAGGAAUGUGGUGAAGCUGUCGUUAUAUCAGCACUUCACCAACACGCUCAUCUUCUUUGUUGUCGUUUCCGUCAUAUUUAUCAUCUGGACCACCAAGGUGUUCCGGCUGGUCGACUGUCAGACGAGUUGGCGGGACCUGUGGGUAGACGAUGCCUUCUGGCGUCUCCUGUUUUCCACCAUGCUGCUGGUCAUCAUGGUGCUGCUGCGACCCUCAGCAAACAGCCAGAGGUUCUCUCAUUCCCCUCUUAUUGACGAAGACGAUGAAGAAGAUGAGGCAAAAGAACCAAUGAUGAAUGAAGCUUUUGAAGGAAUGAAGAUGAGGGGCUCGAAGCCUGACGCUAACGGCUCCCAGAAACUCCUGAGUAAAGAGGAUGAGGACCUGAAAUGGGUGGAAGAGAACAUUCCUACCUCCGUUGCUGAUGUAGCUCUGCCUGUAAUGCUGGAUGAGGAAGAGGAAAUCCUGAAAACUAAGAUGGAGAGAUCUAAAAUGGAGUAGAAGUCAAUGCAAGAAGGCGCUUUAGGGGCGAAGAAGGGAGCUGCAUUAAGGCAACAAUGAAUGAGAUCCAAGAAAUGUCAUCACCAAAAAGAACACGUGAAAAAGAACCAUUUUGAUGUCUUUGUUUGUUUAUGUUUUAAACGGUUUAUUCCAGAGCUCGGCUGGGAUGUGUAAAUGGUGUGUUAGAACAAGGGUCUGUUUAGAGGUACGUUUGACGUCGAGCCGCCUCUUGCUUUGGGAUGGAACCCAAAUACAUGCACAGCAGAAACGUUCUUCUAAAUGUUUUUAUUCGUCUCACCUUCUGUGUCUUCACUGUUGGGCAAGCACACGGUGCGCAUGUUUAAUUGAGGUUGUUGUUAAAACAGAAACGAUCUGAAGCCCCUUCUGGUAGUAUUUGGAUUCAUUCUGUAUGUAAUUACAGCAGAUGUGUGUGAGCAGAAAAUCUUGUGGGAUUAAUUCCAGGCACUACUUCUUCCUAAUGGAGUUAGUUCAGUUCUGUACGGGCUGAAGUUCAGAAAUGCCACAUAAUGCUGAAAACAGGAGGGUGCUGUUGAUGAGAACGGUCUGAAGUCUACACAGUUCUAACACUUGGUCCCUUAUCUGGAAUAGGCUGCAGUGUGUGUUUUAUAAUUGAUCACAUGAUAGCGCGGUGAUGGGGAAAAACAAGGGCCCAGAUCUUAUUGGAUUAGGCAUUCAGCCACAUAAAUGGUUAUUUUAUAAUCUGCUUUUACAUGUGCUGCACUUUGGUUUUGGGCCCACUGAGUGAUCUCCUGUGUAGAAAUAAAUAAGUCACUAUCUGUCCACUGCCUUACAACGUCAUACAAAACGUUUUAUCAUUUUGUCACAUUAACAACCACAAGCUUCGCCAUAAUGUCCUGGAAUUUUAUAUGGCAGACAAAGAAAUAGUGUAUAACUAAAAAAGUAGUUUUUAUUUCUUGCACACAGAUGAAUAUUGCAGAUGGUGGUGGUUGUUGUUGUUUUUUUUUUAAGUCGACCGAGUCAAUGCUAUGUAAUUCCUUCUUUAACCACGACUAAAGCUGCAAGUCUCUUCCGGCUCUGCUCAUCUAGAGAGGAACG